AUGCCUCUAUCGUGUAAGAGACAUUUUAGGGAGUAUUGUAAAAAUUGCACAUUUGCCGGACUUGCAUUGAUUGCCGAUGAUACAAAGCAUUGGACUGAACGAUGGUUUUGGGUAGCACUAGUGGUGCUCUCGUGGUACGGUUCUGGGCUAUUAGUACAAUCAGCAUGGACUGCAUUUGUCAGCAAUCCCAUAAGCUUUGGGGUGGAAACGACAUACACUGAUUGGGAUACAAAGAUGCCCGCUGUUUAUAUAUGUGAAACUUCUAACGAUAAUAGGAUCUAUGAUGUUGCGGAUACAAUCUGGACGCCCGAUCACUUACUCGAUCUAGAGGAUGUUAUGAAAGACAUUGUAUACUUCCGUGGUGCCGCUUUCAACUUAGUUAAUGUGUGUGUCCAAUCGAAAAAUCCAGAUCCGAAAUGCCCUUUCUCCAACUACAGCUAUUACGUGAACCUCGUGAGAAGUACUUGCCCGGAACUCCUUAUAAACUGCUUAUUUGAUAAGAAAGAGUUUGAUUGCUGCAAAUAUUUUGUGCCCAUACACACGGAUAUGGGAACUUGUUUUGCCUUAAAUUCUGUUCAAGUUAAGAAUCCCAUCCUAUACCCAAUGGUUUUUAACGUGACGCAAAAAGAAGGCGUUCUUAAAUUUGAGACUCUAUUGAAUACGAUGUUAUACACUCUUGGCGAGGACGAGGUACCUACUGUCACCACGCUUACGUCAUCAACGCUGAAAUUAGUGCUUGGGAAAAAUUAUCAGCGUCAAGUAGUAGUGAAGAACAUUGAAAACGAUCCUUUAACUGUGGAAACAACUCCUGCGCAGAGAGCUUGUCGUUUCUCCUAUGAAAAUGAUAAUGGACUAUAUCCUUUAUACUCUUACAGCACGUGCACCGUGCUAUGUCGCAAACGAGAACAAAUGAAGCUUUGCGGAUGCACUGAUCAUUUUAUGAUUGGAUCUGAUGAAUCAAAAAUGUGCAAUGCAAGUGGUUUGCUUUGUCUCCAUCGUCAUUUUAGUCAGUUGACAACUCUGAAGCCGCGUUGGGCAGGGAGACGGCCUGGUUUAGUUUGUGACUGUCUACCUUCAUGUGAUGAAACUGAGAUUACUAUCAUAAAAGACGCUGUUACGUCUGCCGGACGUGCUCGAAAAAAAAGAAUAGCAGUAGAGUUAAAAAUGGCCUAUUUACCAACUGAGAGGUUUAAAAGAAACGUGGUUAGAAGUCGCCUUGACUUAGUUGUUUCGAUUGGUGGCGCUGCUGGACUCUUUGUCGGUGCUAGUUUGUUGAGUUUCGUCGAACUAAUUUUUUUCUUUACAAUACGACUCUUGGAUAAUAUUUAUUUGGAAAAACGCAAGAAAAAAGAAAGAACUUCUGUCAGGAAUUUGAAAACUUUCCAACCAGCUAUGCCGAGGAGUACAAGGAGGUUUUAUUCGCAGAGAAGCAAUUUAAUAACUUUUAGACCUUAA